CAUUCGUUUGAUAAUCAAUAACAAUUUCAUAAGAUAGCAAACAAGAGUUACUUAUUACUGUACGUAAUUGUCAAGACCAUUUCAUACGUCUGAGGACUUUAUUCGUUACGAGUAACAGCUCCACAAUGAACAACUCAAUCGAAAGCAACUCAACCGCCAAACAUAACUUCGAUGAAUUGGAGAGUGUUUUUAGAUUUAUGGUCUUUCUGAUUCCAUUUGGUCUAAUUAUUCUUGGAAUGAAUGCAGUUGCUUUGAGGGUGUUCCUUCGUGAACGGUUUCGAUCCAAAAAGUCGAGUUAUUUGAUUGUUAACCUUACCAUUGCAGAUUCCUUAGUGGGGCUUACGAGUGUACUUCUUUGUGUUUGUUUGAUAAACUUAAUCAAAGGAAGCGAAGGAAGGUUAGAACUUGACAUUUUGAGAGGACUGUUAUUUACAAUACGACUUUCCGCUAUCGCUUCUUUGCUUUCACUUUCGGCCAUAGCAGUAGAGAGACUGAUUGCUGUCAAGUACCCUUUCAAACUCCGUUUAGCUUCAUCRCGACACUACUUCGGCGCCAUCUUUGUCGUUUGGAUUUUGGCUGCUCCUACUCCCGUCAUUUGGAUGUUGGAGCGUGAGAGAAUCAUCCUUAACAAUGGAUCCCGAAUUUUUAAUCAAAUAACCGAAGGAAUAUCUCUUGCAAUCAUCGCAUUAUGCUACCUAUGCAUCUGGAUAAAGAUGGCAUUUUUCCCCGAGUUCAAUAUCGAUAUCCAGACAAACAAUUGUCGGACUGUUAAAGAAAAUAAAAAACUUACAAUAACAUUGUUUAUUAUCACAGUCAUCUCGAUCAUAACAUGGGCUCCAAAUGGUAUCAAAGAUUUAUUGCUUUCAGAUGAAACACAACAGCAACAAAUGACACUGAAAGAUCUGCUGUUCCUACUGCCUGUUCUYAGCAAUUCCAUCUUCAAUGUCAUUGUCUAUGCAUUUCGAAUGCCUGACUUUCGCAGAGAAUUGAAAAAAGUUUUUCCUGUUGGCCGAAAUGAUUGAAUUUGCUACRCUAUGCACAAUUUCACUUGUCGGCUUCGAUCGGUUUUCUUGAAUCAUGGCUUUUUUCCACAUUUUUCCGCAAACGUUAAACGAAAACUGUGCGUGCUUAGCGCCCCUUGACAGAACCCUAUGAAGUUUUUCCUAUAUUUGCUCUUUAAACAGUAGUAUUAAUUUAAAUAUCAAUACCGAUUUCUGACCACCAAGGUGGAUUUAUUAAUUAAAAUUUCCCGAACUACGAUUUAUUAUUGAUUUUUUGUUUGGCCUUUUCCUUUUGUCCAUCCUUUGUUUAUAGUGCAAAMCAUGGAUGCUCAUUAUUCCAUGUUUUCUAAAAAUUAAUUUUGUUGAGCAAACAUGACAUCUUGUUGUUUGGAAUUCUUUGGGUGUAUUUAAAGAUGUCUUCCCCGAUGAACUUUACCUUUUUCCACUCCAAAGUCGUUUGAGUUAUUAAAGGGAUAGAAAAGGCUUGGAAAUUAAGGCUUCUGUCAUGGAUUAUCCUUUCAGAAACUCGAACCCAGAGU